GCAGGCCCCUCCUCCACAGAGCUGAGCCGAGGAGCCGAGUGGUGCUGGCAGGAGCCUGAGCUCCACGAUAAACUCUGGCAUCAGCUCCUCUUCAUCCGGUAGUCAGCGAGGACACAGCGAGGGUGCAGGGGCAAGAGAGACAGGGACAGAGAAAGAGCGACAGAGACGGAGGGAGCUGGAGAGAGAAAGAGAAAGAGAGAGAGAGAGUAGGGAGCCAGAGAGAGAAAGAACAGAAACAGACACACGGUAACAGGCCAAAAACACUGAGAGGGAGAGGAUGUCACAAGAAUAACACGCUGCUUCUUCUUUUUUUUAAUUUUCCCCUCAACAUGCAGCCUCCAGAUGGGAUGACGGGUGGCAGCGCUUUUACGGCAGCGCGAUUGUCUGAGUGACGGCAGCGGCCGCAUCACAAUCCGAAGUAGGAGUUCUCCUCGCCUCCCCGGCUCUUAGUCAUCUUUUGCCUCUUCUCUCUCUCUCUCUCUCCUUUUUUCCAGAGUGCUAUCAGGGCCAUUCAUCGUUCCCAUCUCAUGCCCCCUGCCUCCUCCUCCUCCUCCUCUUCUUCCUCCUCCACAGCUCCAUCCUCCAGUUGUACUCCUCCUCUGAUGAGCCACAACCUCAGAGUGAAAUAACCCUGCUGAUAGAAGCGUCUCUCUCUGUCAAGACAGUAAGUAGUGGGAGGAAGGGUGUGGGGGGGUAGGAACUCUGGUGUGUGAGCGAGAGAGAGAGAGAGACAGAGAGAGAGAGCAAGAGAGUCAGAGGGCGUGUGUGUGUGAGUACCAGAGAGAAUGUGUGGGUUUUGUGUGAGAGACAGUGAGAGGAAGAGGGAACAGCAAGACGGUGAGAAGUGUGGCUGUGUGCGACAGAAGGACCUCAGAAGAACCGGCUGCUUUGUGCGCAGUUUGAGUAACCGUGCUGUGUCUGGACAGUGAGCUUUAGGCAUAGCAACAGCAUAGUGAUGUACAGAGAAGGUGCCAUGUGCAGUUGGGCAGCGCACCCCAUGGCCGUGGCAGCGCCCUGCAUUUGGCGAGAGUCUCUCCCCACUGUUCGUUCGCUGGGGCUCCGUCGGGAAGCUUUCAUGGGAUUUAUCCUGUGCUGCCGGAUGGCACAGAGAUCCCUUCCCCUCUGAAGAGACUCCGUGGAGAAAACUAAGUACAUGGAUAAGAAGUAAAAUAAUUACCCAAUCACAGCACAAGCAGGCAGACUGGGUUCCCUUAGCAACAACUGAAGGAGACAAGAAUCCUUUUUUUUUUUUUCUUUCUCUCUUUCUGCUCCCUUGGUUUUUGGGCACACCCCUGUGGACCGCUGUGGGUCAGUGUUUUGGAAGAGGAGUUGGAGAGCGAUGUUGCAUAAGACGAUGUGCCACCCGGAUUCCAGGGGAUGGUACUCAUUUGCUUUCCGGCCCCCCUGGUCAUAUGUCUCACUGGAACCAUGAUCGUUUGUAAUCCCUCCACAAAUUGUCAUCCCAAGUCACGUACUGCCGGCUUAGAAAUCAAUUCAUUCUGAUCCCACAUCACCUGGAAUGAGCUCCGCAUUUAGGAAGGGGGGGUAGAGAGAUUGGAUGCUGCUUAGAAAAAAAAAAACAGUCCUUCACCUCAGAUCUCUUAUGGACAAAAAAAAAAGAGGUUAGACCACCAUCUGUGAAGACAUUGGAUGUGAGACAAAGUUCAUUUUGAUUUCUAAGGAGAAUCGUAUUUAUUUAUUUUUCCUGGGGGUAAGAGGAAUAUUCCCCUUUUUCCAAAAAGAAUCCAUCAUUUAUCUCUUUAUAGACAGCAGCUCUCACUGGGGGACUAUAUUUAGAAGCCAAAUCUUGUCCCCUCUGGCUAGCUGGGAGAAUAGAAAAAAGAUCAUUGUGAAAACUGAGCCACUGCUGGGAUUUUCUUUUCUUUUUUUUCUUACCGAGGCUACCCUGUAUGAAACUUACCGUUGAAAAGGAUUGACGUGAACCUCUCCGCUGUUUUUACUUUUCUAUGUUGGUCUGCGGUGAUGUCACCAGGUGAACGGGAUUGUGCAGGAAAGGAAAAGUUGUCUCCCCUUAUAGACGGGUGUUUUCAAAAAUAGCACCUACCUGGGAACAAUUUCAAAUAUACACACUUGACAGAUGAGAUGAGUUGGCUCAACGUGGUUAUGUAAGAGUUCCACACCAGCUUCAGCCCAUGUGUUUUUCCCCCCCUCUCUCUCCUUUUUCAAUGGAUUUACUCCUUUCAACUCUUCCCAUGCUGACUUUCUCUUCGUCUGGGGAAGUGUCUGCCAGAAGGCAUGGAUUUCAGAGCGUGACCCUGUGCCAAGUGUGCAGGCGAGGCAAGGCGUUUCGGCUGCCCAGGUGCUUUUAAGAUGUUGAGGUCUCCCUGCGUGGCCGGGGCCCCUGUUCGGAUCAGUAGCACUGAGGCUCCUUGUAGCCAAAGACAUGGACCCCGACUCGGCUCCCCCACGCCCUCAGCCUGUUGGCCACUGGCCCCACGUUGCUUUGUAAAGGAUGUCCCUCAGCAGAGCUCCGGCCCGGGACAACUCUGAGACCCCCAGCCCGAGAGAACGCAUCCGCAGCCACAUGAAGAUGGUGAUCGACCAGCUGGAAGGCAUUCUCAAGGAGCUCAAGGAUGUGGCCAAGGAACUCCGGGAGGUGGUGGGUCAAAUCGACAAAUUAACGUCUGACUUCGACUUUGACCAGGAGCCGGAUGAUUGGACCGUGGCCACAGCCAGCAGCACAUCCAGCAGUGAGCGGGGUUUGGGAGAGGCCUUCAGGCUGGACUUUCUCAACGCUGAUGUGCUCUCCGACAGCUGGGAGUUCUGCAGUUACCUGGAGGCCGCCGGCGCAGCCGCCCGCAGAUCCAGCGAUCUACGACAGGACCUGGGUCAAGGAACUAUCCCGACCCAGACACAGACCCCCACCCCGCCCCCCACCACUGCCUCGGUCUACUCCCAGAUGAAUGGCGGGCUUCCGAUCCCCAACGGGCCACGCAUCAUUACUCCGGACUCCUCCAGCGAGGAGGCCAGCAGCUCCACGCACAGCCAAAAGACCUCGCGCACCUCUGGCACGCGGGAAAGGGUCCGCUUCAGCGACAAGAUUCUUUACCACGCGUUGUGCUGCGACGACGAUGAAGAGGAGGAGCAGGAGGAGCUACGGGAGGACAAGAGCGGCUGUGCCACACCAGACAGCGACACAGAGCCGGGUCUCCUGGGCAGCUCCGUCGCUCCCAAGCGUUCUUCCUCUGAGCACUCGCUCCUAUACAACUGUCUGGACCCUUCCUAUGGCUCCUCGCCGGUGACGGCGAUGACGGGAGCCCACACGCUACCCAGGAAAGGUCUCUUAAAUCCCGGCUGCCGCAAAAAACUGUUAAGAAAUAGCAGCACACAAACUGUCUCUGACAAGAGCACUCAAACUGUACUGCCCUAUAUUCCAACCAAACAGAAAGCAAAGGACCACUGAGGAAGCAGGCGAAUCUCAUGAAGAGAACUGUGCAUUAUUUAAUAUUAAAUACAUAGCUCAUAGAUUAAUACACAAAUAAAUAAAUUACUAAAUAAAUAAAUGAUAUAUGGGAAAUCACUUGACUACCCAAACUCAUUCUGUGGCUCAGGGAACACACAAAAGGAAAUCAUAUAAAAUACAAUGUAAAGUCUGAAGAAGUCUAUCCAUACUCAGGUUAAAACUACAAUGAAGGGACCUACAGUGGGGGAAAUUAUUAUAUUUUAUCUAUUGCUGAAUUUUGUUUUUAAUUUAGUGAAAUGCAAAUUUGAUCCUGAAGCAAAAGGUGACUUAAUGCUUGGUGGUGAUUCGUAAAUAGCACUCCGUAGCUGGUGACCAGACUCACAGACAUUUCAGGAGGGUUUGUUUUUUUUUAAAUCAACGCUACUGAAAAUAAAAGUGUUGAAACUUUUAUUUCGACAACUCAAAGUGUCUGCUCCUUCAAAAGUCCACACCGUCAUUUCUAAAGGGAUUAUGAUCUAAACCCUGGUUGGUUGGAUCUUAAAUUUCUCUGUAGAACUUUAAUGUGUUGCUUCUCGUGCUGCAUUCAAUUUACCUGGGAAGUGGGAACUCUGAGCUGGGUUUGAAGUCAGACCCAAAGUAGCAGCGCUCUGGUUGAGAAGUCGGAAUUUCAACAUGGGCACAAACUUUACUUUAUUUGCUUUAAUUUCCCUAAGCAAACAUCACUUUCAGUUUUUCAGGUUAGAGUUCCAGGUGUUACAUGUAGCAUUGGUUUUAGACACACUUUUGCAUGUGUGUCUUGUAAAAUAAACCUGUUUCCUCUCCAACUUCCAACUCCAGUUGAUGUGAGCAGCGGCCAUAUUGAAACACAAAGUCCGCCUCACAAGUCAUAACUGAGGAAAGUCUAAAUUGCUCCCAUGUUUCCCGGUGGGAAAUCCAACUUCGGAGGGCAUUCCCGUUAAUCUCUCUAUAUUAUCCCCGUUCCGAGUAAAACUGGAACGCACCAUUAAGCCCCUCCCAUGUUUCCUUCACUUUAUGGUCUGGGUCACUGUCAUGCUGUAAGAAAGGUCCCUAAUUGAUCUUCAAUGUUUUAUGCCCCAUAGUGUGAGAUAUUGCAUGGAGCUCUAAAGUUUUAUUUUAUUGCAAAAUAAAACCCACUUUUAUUUUUGCAUCUCUUUUGUUUUAAAGUUGUUGGACCAGCAGUGUCCUCUUUUUUUCACCAAGCUUCUUGGGGGAAAUCCACAAGACGUCGUUUGACUGCUCUUUGCUCUUGCCCAAGACGGUGGAGAGGAUUCAAUGGAAGUGGUGGAUUGUAUGGAGUAUUUGAUGUAGUUUUAACACAGAACGAGUCCAAAGCAUUCAUUUCUUGGUAAGGAGAUAAACUGACAAAUUCAGCAGAAGAUCAAAUAAUUAUUUACCCCACUGCAUUUAACUGAAUUGUUUUAAACAGACAGAGAGAGACAGAUCUCAAAACUCUUUCCCCCUCGUCACACAAUUGAAGGAGUCACAAGGAGAGGGAAAACAGCAAAGGUUUGUCUGUCAUGUGUAAACAAAACGCCACUCAUUCUGUACCCUAAAUCUGUAUAAACAUUGGCUUUUUUUCAUGUUCUGGUAAUUUCAAAUGUCAGGAGGAUUAUUGCUUCCAGGAGGGAAAUGUCUCCAGAUUCAUGUGUCAAGGCGCUUCCUCCUCUCUUUGAUGUCAACAAACGACUCUGAGCGUAGAGUCAGAAAAACAACACCAUUUACCUUCGGUUUCAUAAACCAUCUCAUUGUGAUCGCUCCUUGGUCUGCCGCGGAGCCUGAAACGUAUGACUGACAGGCAGCAAAACAGAUACACAGGCACUUCGGAAGUAGCGCUCCACAAAAGUGACAUUUCAAUUUUUGUCCUUCGAUGUGCCUGCUAGCGGCAACACUCGAUGUAGAA